AUGUACUUACUUAUCUACGCCGAUGAUAUUAUCCUGGUCAGUUCUUCAUCAGCGGCUGAUGCUGCUCUUAUUUCUGCUCUUGGUGCUGAUUUUGCUGUCAAGGAUUUGGGUCAGCUACACUUCUUCUUGGGUAUUGAGGUUGCUCAUCAGUCUACUGGCUUGAAUCUCACUCAGAAGAAGUACUCUCUUGAUCUCUUGCGCCGUGCUGGUAUGCUCAAGUCCAAGAUGUCACCCACGCCGAUGUCCUCCACUGACAAGUUCUCAGCUACUAAUGGUUAUCUGACGAUCACGCGUCCGGACUUGUCCUUCGUCGUCAAUGGGGUGUGCCAGUAUCUGCAUGCUCCUACUGACGUGCACUGGUCUGCUGUUAAACGCAUUUUGCGUUAUACUGAGAAGAUCAUGCUUGGGUCACCUGCUGAGGUUCCCGACGAGGGACCGGCGAAGAAGCUUCGUGGAAAGCCAGCUAACGUCGGCCACUUCAAUGACAACGUAGGGCCUAACUAG